AUGAGUCGCGCAGAAGUUGAUUUACAAACAAGCGUAAAGAAAGCUUGCAACACCGACGAAGUACCCCCGAAAAGAAAGCAUGUACGGGCUUGUAUAGUGUACACUUGGGACCACAAAAACUCUCGUGCAUUUUGGAAUGCAGUUAAGAUACAACCUUUGCAAAGCUCUGAAGUACAAUUGUUUAAAGCAUUGAUAAUGAUUCAUAAGGUUUUGCAAGAGGGGCAUCCAAAUACGCUCAAAGAUGCUUAUAGAAAUAGGGACUUCAUUGCAUCCUUAGCAACAGUAUUUUCGACCCACGGACUGGCUUACGGCAAGUUGAUCCACCAGUACGAUAGGUAUCUCUUGCAAAAACUAGACUUUCACCGCAACAAUCCAGGGUUCAACGGAACAUUUGAGUACGAGGAGUAUCUCUCUUUGAGAGCGGUGAGCGACCCAAACGAAGGCUAUGAAUCAAUUUUGCAGCUCAUGGAUCUUCAAGAUCUGAUUGACGAUUUGCAAAAGCUCGUAUUUGCCACGCUUCAUCUGAGCCAUAGCAACUUGUGUAAAGUGAGUGCUUUAGUCCCUUUGAUUUCUGAAUCCUAUGGUAUUUACAAAUUUUGCAUUUCCAUGCUAAGGGCAAUGUAUCAGCAAUUGGGCGCCGAUGAAGCGUUGACUGUUUUAUUUGAUCGAUUUGAGUCUCAACACUUUAUGCUUAGAGAUUUCUAUACUGACUGUUAUUCAAUCAAGUUUUUAACUAGUUUGAUAACUAUUCCACGUCUUCCAAAUAAUUCGCCUGACUUACAGAUCGCCGAUGAAGGCCAAUCCUUACCUAGACUUCGCUCGGCUACCGCCACUAGCGAAAACAGUGUAGCACAAUUGUCUCCACAGCCUACAACGGGCACCGAGACUCCUGUUCCAGCACCAGAGCCCCCCAAUGAGAAUCUAUACACUGCUCAGAAUAACUACUUGUAUCAGCAGCAGCAAGAGCAGGAAAGAAUUCAACAGCAGUUGGAGCUUCAGCGCCAACAACAACUUCAACAACAGCAACAGCAACAACAGCAAUUCGAACAACAACAACGCGACCAAGAACGGCGUUUUAUGGAGGAGCAACAGGCUCUCCAGAUGCAACAAACUCAACAACAACAAGGACGUGUGGCUGAGUUGGAACGUGAUUUGCUUUUGUUUAAAAACCAAUAUGACAAUGAUCAGCAGCUUUUACAACAGUACGAUUCAAGAGUGAAAAGCUUGGAAAAUGAGAUGGCAGCCUUCAACGAUACCGCGACGCAACAGGUUGCUUCUAAAAGCGAACAAAUUAAGAAUUUAGAAGAGCAAAUUGCCAAUUGGACCAAAAAAUACGAGUCCCUUGCAAAAUUGUAUUCUCAAUUGCGCCAGGAACAUUUAAACUUGUUAGCAAAGUUCAAGAAGAUACAGCAAAAGAUAAGCAGCGCACAAGAAUCGAUAAUGAAAAAGGAAAAACUUGAAAAAGAUUUGAAAGCCAAAAAUCUUGAGUUGGCAGACUUGAUCCGCGAGAGAGAUCGAGCAAGACUCGAACUAGACCGGGUGAAAGCAGGAAAGGACAAAGAAAUCGAGAAAUUAGAGGCAGAAGUUAGGGAGCUAAACGUAUCUGCAAAGGAGUCUGGAAAAUUACAAAACUUGAAUUUAAGUGCAUUAAUGGCCAAGCAUGAGGAGGAGAUAAAAAAUUUAAAGUCAAAACUUGACGAUAGAAAUGCACAGCUUGAAAAUUUGGGAGAUUUUGAUUCCUUGCAAGCAAAAUUGAGAGAUAAAGAUACUGAAUUAGAAAUUGCAAAUCAAUCUCUUGAAGCAGCCUACUCAGAGCUCAGUCGUUUCAAAGAAGAUCAGGAUGAUAUCGUUAAUGCGGAAAUUGAUCACAUUAUCAUGGAGCAUCUUUCCAGAUUUAAAAGUUUAAUAGAUUUGAUUUUAGACAGCAAUAUUAAACGAAUCUUGGAUUCGAAACAUGAAUUAUCAUUGAUGGACAUACAUGCGGGAAAUCAAAGUACCUCACCAGAACACUUGUUAUCCCUAAUUGAACUUUGUUCUGAUUUUGCAACCGAUUUUGCAUCCACUUUCAAUGAAUACAUUGCCGAGAGUAAUAACCAGGACGAGGAAACAUUUUCUGAUAUUAUCUUGACGAGUUCCUCCUUGGCAACAUCCUUGAGCGACUUAUCAGUAAAUGUAAAAAGUCUUGCUAAAAAUUUUUCCAAUGUGGAAGAAGAGAAGAUUUUGAAACUGACAUUGGAUGUGUUGGACGACGCAGAGAACUACUAUCAAGGCUUAAAAUCCGAUAAAUUAGAGAAACUCAAAACUGAAGAGGAAAAGAUAGAUUCCAUCAUUGAUGCCAACCUUGAGUUACAGACUUCAUUGAAAAUGUUAGGUGGCUUGUUAGAUUCGUUCAAGAGCUCUAGAGGAAUAAAAAUAGAAGGAAAUUUAGAAGAUUUCUUGAACAACGAAAUGGACCAAACCGUGAAAGCAGUUACAUUAGCAUCUCAAUUUUUGACAGAUUUAUUAAAAGAUCCUAGUAUUUAUGGAGGCAAUGUCAAUGUACAUGAGGCCUUGUUGUCUUCUGCGAAAGAUGUCACAGAUGCUGUUGGUCGUUUGAUCAAAGCCUCAGUUGAAUCACAACGUGAAAUUGUUGAAAGGGGCAAAGGAAGUCAGCCCAUAACGGAGUUUUACAAAAAGAACAACAGAUGGACGGAAGGAUUGAUUAGUGCUGCUAAAGCAAUAGCGGGGGCAACCAACAUUUUGAUUCAUACUUCUGAUGGUGUAUUACGUCAAAAAAAUUCACAUGAGGAGUUAAUAGUUGCCUCAAAUGAGGUUGCUGCCUCAACUGCCCAAUUAGUAGCUGCGUCCAGAGUCAAAGCUAAUUUUGUUUCGAAGAAUCAAGACAAUUUGGAAGACGCUUCAAAAGAUGUUACCCGUGCUUGCAAAUCACUCGUUGGAAGCGUUCAACACUUAUUAACUAAAGAUGAACAACAUGGGGAAAACAUCGAUCUCAGCAAAUUAACGCCAUACGAAGGAAAGACAUUAGAAAUGGAACAACAGGUGGAGAUAUUGAAAUUGGAAAAUAAAUUACUCUAUGCAAGAAAAAGAUUAGUGGAAAUAAGAAAACAUGGAUACCAAGAUGAUAACGAAGACGACGAGUAA